UCGGCGCGGGGGCGGGGCUUGCCGUGGGCGGCCCCGCCCAGCGCCCGACUCCCAGCGCCGUGGCCGGGCGACUCGGUCAGGCCUAGCCUCGUUGGCAGCGUGACUGGUUUUGAGGCACGCCGGAUGGGGACGCUGCCAGGACGGAAAGAUAUUCCACCAUGGGUGAAAGUUCCGGCAGACUUGAAAGACCCCGAGGUGUUGCAGGUCCAGACGCAGCUCUUGGAAGCUAUGUUUGGCCCAGCUGGAUCUCGAAUCCCGUACAUCGAGCAAGUGAGCAAAGUCAUGCUCGAGCUAAAGGUUCUGGAAUCCUCGGGCCUCACCGAGGUCUUGGUUUAUGGCUCUUACUUGUACAAGCUCAGGGCCAAGUGGAUGCUCCAGUCCAUGGCCGAGUGGCACCGCCAGCGACGGGAACGAGGUGCAGUCUUCCUGAGAUUAGUACUUCUCGCUUGGGCCAGGAGUUGUGACUCCCUCAAAUUACCCUCAGCUAGUGCCCCCUUCGGUCAGUUGGCAAUGAAUGUGUGUGAAAACGUAAACUGCAGAUCUGGGACUUGAAACUCUGCAGUGCUGAUGAAACACAGAACUGUCCUUGUCCUUAGAACAGUCUAGAUGGGCAGCCUGGGUGGCUCAACGGUUUGGCGCCGACAUCAGCCCAGGGCGUGAUCCUGGAGUCCUGGAAUCGAGUUCCACAUCGGGCUUCCUGCACGGAGCCUGCUUCUCCC